AUGCCCCAGCGCCGAAGAUAUUCAGGUUAUCAUGGCCGAAUCCCACAAGGGGAUUUGCGGCGCUCACCAGUCGGCGUUAAGAUGAGAUGGUUGGUCCGGAGGCACGGCUAUUAUUGGCCGACCAUUUUAAAGAACUGCAUAGAAUAUGCGAGGGGGUGCAUCAAGUGUCAAAUCUACGGCCCCAUACAAAGGGUACCAGCUGACGCCCUCCACCCGUUACUAAACCAUGGCCGUUCAGAGGAUGGGCCGUGGAUAUCAUCGGCAAAAUCUACCCAGCCGCGUCCAACCAGCACGCCUGGAUUUUGGUGGCAACUGACUAUUUCACUAAAUGGGUCGAGGCGGAGUCCUAUCGGUCCAUUUCUAGCACACAGGUGGUCAGAUUCUUCGAAAAUCACAUCGUCCACAGAUUCGGUAUACCCGAAACCAUCACGGCCGAUAACGGCCCGGUAUUCGCAUCAGCCGAGACUCGAGAAUAUGCCGAAAGGAUAG